AUGAAAGCAGCGCGCGGCUGGCGGAAGUGACGACAUCGGCCCGUGUGGUUGUUGCUGCGCAGUAUCCCUAAAGAAAGGAAUCCCGCAGAUAGACGGUUACGCGAUUCGAGUGUUCACGGUGCAACUUGAGCAAACACUGACCACACCUGCAGAUCUAAAAUCAUGAAUCCUGUUUAUAGCCCUGGAUCUUCUGGGGUUCCAUAUGCUAAUGCCAAAGGUGUUGGUUACCCUGGUUUUCCAGUGGGGUAUGCUGCCGCUGCUCCUACUUAUUCUCCCAAUAUGUAUGCUGGAGCAAAUCCUGCCUUUCAACCAGAGGUAGAACAUCCAUAUGUGUCUUCGGGGGUGCAAAUGUUCAUGUUCGGGCACACGUUCUCUGCUGCGAGAAACGGUGCAAUUAAUUCAGGCUACACUACAGGUACACCAUACAAAGUGUCAUGUUCACCCACAAGUGGUGCUGUGCCACCAUAUUCCUCUUCUCCAAAUCCUUACCAGACAGCUGUAUAUCCUGUAAGAAGUGCCUAUCCGCAGCAAAACCCAUACGCACAGCAAGGAGCAUACUACGCACAGCCUUUGUAUGCUGCCCCUCCGCAUGUAAUCCAUCACACUACCGUCGUGCAACCAAAUGGAAUGCCAGCCACAAUGUAUCCAGCCCCCAUUCAACCUCCCAGGGGUAAUGGCAUGGCUAUGGGAAUGGUAGCUGGAACCACGAUGGCCAUGUCAGCAGGUACUUUGUUGACAACCCAUUCACCGACUCCGGUAGCUCCUCAUCAAGUCACUAUGCCAACUUAUCGGCCCCCAGGAACCCCUACCUAUAGUUAUGUUCCUCCACAGUGGUGAUCCACUACCAGUGUUUGAAGAUGGAAGAUAUGCAAGAACGUAACAGGCUUAAUAGAUGGCGCAGAAGCUUUCAUGCCUCCAGCAAGAAGCUUCUUCCUUCUGAAGUAUCUCAACACUUUGCCUAACACUAAUUCAGGAUCUGAAGAUUUCCAUUACUGCAUAUCUUAACAUCUUUGAACUCUAGUGGUUGUCUUAAAAUGAAAAUCCUGUUUUUGUGGACAGUCUUGCAUUUUUUUUUUUAGCUAAUUAUAAUAACAAAAAGGGAGUACCUAUAAAGUCGUUUCAAUUCAUAACUAGUUGAAUGCAUGUUAAAACACAGAAACAAA